AUGAGUCCCAACGAAUCGAAUAGCCCAAGUAUUGUGCUUAACCCACAGAAAUUCAAGGAUCAAGUUGCCGUUGUCACUGGCUCGGCUCAGGGUAUAGGACAGGUAGUUGCUACUCUCUUCGCGGAGCAAGGUGCAAGCGUCGUUCUGGUGGAUCUCAGCAAAGAGAGGCUUCAACAGGUCGAACAAGGAUUGGUCUCGAAAGGGUUUAUUGCAUCCCAUCGAAGAUGUGACCUUACGGAUGAGAGCCAGGUACACGGGACCAUCAAUGACAUUGUACAGACACUCGGCAAGAUCGAUAUUCUCGCCCACAUAGCAGGCAUUUACCCGGCCAAGCCAUUACUAGAUGUCACAGCGGCAGAGUAUCGAAAGAUUUUCCAAGUCAACAUGGACAGUUGUUUCUUCCUCACUCAAGCAACCUUGCCACACAUGCAAAACCGGCGAUACGGACGCAUCAUCAAUACUUCGAGUCAAACAAUCGUCAAGCCCGAGCCAGGACUGGCAGUUUAUGCAGCGUCCAAGAGCGCAGUCGCAGGAUUCACAAAAGCCACAGCGACAGAAGCAGGUCCUGGUGUGACGGCUAAUUUCGUGUCACCGACAUUAAUUGCAACCGAGACAACGCUGGCCGCUCCACAUGCCAAACCACUGUUUGCAAAGAUUUUGAAUCAGCAGUAUGUGAAAAGGACUGGGCUACCGGAGGAUGUGGCACAUGCUAUCAUGUACAUCGCCAGUCCUGAAGCAGAGUUCAUCACCGGCCAGAUGUUUGACAUCGGGGGAGGGUCUUUCUUUCAUUGA